AUGAUUCACUUCUCAGGAAUGAUUUCAACGGCGAACUCGACGUUUGAAUGGGAGCUCGAGAGGAUAGUUCUCAGUCGACCAUGGACUGAACAGGAAGACGAGUCAACUACAGAUGUGGCGCCCGUUAAACCCCAGCUGGAAAUUGUAACAUGUGCAAGGGGCGGCAUAGAAUUCAAGGUCGAGUUGUUGCCGGAAAACGCCGUCGUGUUCUCCUUAUAUUUCAACCUCCACCUAGUCGCGUUUAUGGCUAUACGGAGUCCUUUAAAGCUCAUCGCGACUCCCAGGAUUCAUAUAUUGGAACCGUCUUUCCUCGAAAUUCGUACCAACGGCAACAAUAUGAAUACAGUCUCCCCAACUGCGAUUACAACCCUGCGACCCCAGUUCAUCAAUGACUUACCCGUGGAAUUACUCUAUGAAAUAUUCCUUUGGGCUAUACAGGAUGAUUCUGCCGUCGACACGCGCGUCAUCCAGUCUCCGUGGACUCUCAGUCAUGUUUGUCGUCGGUGGAGGCACAUUGCGAUUUCCUUCCCAUGUCUAUGGUCGACUAUACACGUAGGGUCGACGCGACAGUCGCUGCAUAAUUCUUUCUCUAUGAAUAAUAUCGAGGGACUCGGUACCGUGCUCCGGCGGUCUGGAACCACAGCCCUAAUGCUCAGGGUGGAGUUUACAGACCGUAAACUCCCAGCUGGUCAUUCACACAUACGCGACUUGCUGAAAUCUCUAGCGUCGGUAUCACGUCGCUGGAAAUCCAUUAAAAUGAAAGCCUCCAUUUCUAUAUUCCACGAACUCUUCGAACGCGUCAUUCUUGGGGCGCUUCCCCUCCUUCAGUCAAUUCAUUUCGAAGUGACUCCCAACUGCUACUGGGGCGCUACUCCCAUGGCAGCUAGUCUCACUGCUACCCUUGAAAUGGCGCCGAACCUUCGUUCCGUGACCCUUCUCCCAUUCAUCCCAAUCCGUUUACCUCUAUCCAGGCUAAAAGAGCUUACCACGAAAGACCUGACCCAGAACGAAUUGUCGUCGAUUAUUCAGGAACUCCCCCACCUCGAAAUCCUGAAUUUCGUUGGACUGAGAGCCUGGCAUGCCAUCGGGUGGACACCCCCACUUCAUGUCCAUAGCUCUUUGCACAAAAUCGAGAUUGAGGGUAUACAAGAACUCUCCCAUUUCACUCUUCCUGCGCUUACACAUCUCCGCCUCCUGAAGCCCUUCUGUUCAUCACCACAAAGUCGAGACUGGAGGACCAACUUCUCGUUGGACAUACUCAAGCGAUUUCUCCUUCGUUCGGGGUGCUCUAUCCGUCAUCUCCAUCUUUCUAUUCAUGAAGUUGGGCCGGAUGUGACCGGUAUCCUAUCGCUCCUCGUCGAUGCCACGGGUCUUCGGGUUGAUGUUGGGAACCAUUCUGUAUACGGGGAUCUCCUAAAGAUGCUCCGAAGCAGAGAGGCGUUGCUACUUCCGAAACUAGACACUCUCGAGUUUUUCGGAGUAGAGAUGUCGGAGCGGCAUUUGGAGACCAUUCUGGCGCUUGUCCAGUACCGACGGAACCACCCAGUUUUGCAACGAAUAAAGAGCGUAGUUGUCGAGAAGUCGUCGUUCGUGAAUGGCCAAAGCCGUCUUGAUAAGACCAUUGGGCAGCUACGAGAAGUAGAAGAUGAUGAUUUUAAGCUAGUACGUGACAAGGCUCUUCAGAGAUGA